ACAACACCGGCUGUGAUUCGCAGAUGAAGUUAACCUAUAUAAAUGUGGCCCUAAUAAAAAGUCCUUCCGUUUUUCUUUAAUCUACUUUCUUUGUCAUUUGGCCAAUUUUCUCAGUAAAAAUCGUGGACAUUCAUCUCCUCAAUGUGAAUUGGACAAGUGGAAUUCAUCAAUAAAAUGUCAAACAACGGUCAAGAGAGUGAGACCACAAUUUCAGACCUUCCAGAUGAAUGUUUACGUCAGAUUUUUCUCAAUGUUCCUAUGAGUACAAUUCCAGGAAAGAGCUGGAUCAGUCUCCGUGCAGUUCUCUUCAACGUGAAAAAUCAAAGGAACUCAUUAUCAUUCCUGUUAGUGUGCACGAGGUGGACUGAAAUAAUCGAUGACUGUUGGCGUGAGUUCAAACGGCUCCUGCUAUAUGAUGGUGCUGCGAAAUUGACUUUGAUAUCAUCGCCCGAAACUCUGCUGGCAGUCACCAGCAAUGAAUCACUGAAUCGAAGAACUGCACAUGAAUUAAUCGAGUAUUGUGGGCCUCAUUUGAGAGUCUUAAUGGAGCACCGUAAGUUACUCUCAACACCCUCCAUCAUGGCCUUGGCUGCAAAGGAAUGUCCCAAUCUUUGCGAAUUCAGUGGAUUUUUGAUGACAAAAACCGAUGCGAUACAAUUGAGAGAGUUACUCGACGCUUGUAAAUAUAUGAAGAACUUAAAGGUCCACAUACUCGCUGAACAACUCUACAGUUUCUUCCAGGGCAUUCCAACUCAUCAGCUAGAACAAUUGAGCAUUUUUGCAAGUAGCAUUGCCGAUCGAAACCUGCCAAAAUAUAUCAAAGCGACUAUUCGUCAUUGCCAAGUCCUCCAGGGCCUGUUUAUUGAUUACGUUGAUGAUGAAUUGGUGGAACUGCUUACAAAUUUACGUCAGCUUUGUCUUGGCAGGCCAGAUUUCACUAUGAUUGACCGAUACAGACCAUUACCGUUGAUUCACGAUAAAUUCCUCGUUUCUAUGAGUAAAAAGUGUCUGCAAUUGGAAACAAUCAAACUUCAACAUUGCAUUAAUGUAACGGAUCAAGGUAUCUCUGUUCUAUCAGCCCUUCCCAACCUGAAAGUUCUCCACCUGUUGUGCUUGCCAGGAGUUACUGGGAAAUACCUGAAGAAAUUUGUUAAUAUCAAGGAGUUGAACCUGGUAGGAUGCCCAGCUAGUGACGUAGAAGUAACAGGAAUUCUGAAAAACUGUCACGUGCUUCAAACUCUCGAUGUCAUCUGCACUAAGAUCACAGACAAAACUCUUGAAGUCGCCGUUAAAGUAACCAAGAAGCGCACGAAUAAUAUAACUCUGAAAAUUCAUUGUUAUCACACAAUGGCACAUCCUGAAAUAUUCGAAGGGGCUUCUCCUCUAUUGAAAACUGUCCGAUAGAGACUUAGAGCCUCGUUUGAGAAUUUCGUAGACAAUUCACCUACAUGUAUGACACAGACUUUUAAUAUUUAUGCUGGCCUUAACUAAGAUUUGACUGCUAAGUUAAUUCGGUUUACAAUUCCAACUGGAAUCGUACCCUCUUAUGAUUAUUGAUAGAACACAGGCAGCAGUCUUACAAUACGGUGUCUACUUUUACAAUGAUAAAGUAAGAAAAUCUGUUCAAUUAAAAACAAAAGAGAAUAGUCUCAUAAGAUGUUUCUCUUUCAAUGUAUUCUAUUAAGUUCAAAUAAAAUUUAUGAAGAUGGGUUAUCACUUUUAUA